AAAAAAUGAUAAAUUUGAAAUUUUAGUAGAAGAAAAAAUAUUUUUAAUAUUUUUAGUUUUUGCGAAAAAAAAACUUUAAUAAAAAGAAAUGAAAAAGGAAAAAGAAAACAUAAAUUUUUUUGGUUUGGGUCAAACUAGUGGACCUUACUAUUUAAGAAAUGAAUAAAAAUUAAAGACUUAACGGUCAAAAAAUUUGACCCGUUAAGUUUAAAGAUUUUCUGUUAAAUUAAUCAAAAUUGAUGAGAAAAAAUAUUUUAUGGGAUUAUUUUUGCCUAUUGAAAAUUAACGAGGACUCGAUCUUGCUACCCCCAAUACCUGGGGGACGUAAAGUACAUUUUGUCCUUCCAAGAAUUACUAAAUCAGAUGGAAUAAGAUCAAUCUACAAAAGAAACUAGCCAUCUCCAAAGCAAUACCAUAACAAACUCCUUUAGUUUUAGAAGAGCAAGAGAAAGAUGGAUAACUUGGGGUUUUUGGAAGAAGCAGAUUUGUUGCUCAUGCUAAAACGUUCCCUCUAUUUGUUUCUUCCGUUCAUUUUCAUUCUGUUUCUUUCUAAACGGUGCAAUAAUCAUGUCCCAAAGAAUAAGCCUCCACCUUCACCACCAAAACUUCCCAUAAUUGGUAACCUUCAUCAACUCGGUACCAUCCCCCACCGCUCUCUGGCAUCAUUAGCCCAAAAAUUAUGGCCCAGUGAUGCAGCUUCAGUUAGGUCGAAAACCUGUACUCAUAAUCUCAUCAGCAGAAUCAGCUGAGGAAGUGCUCAAAAAGCAGGAUGCCGUUUUCGCUGACCGGCCUAAGAGAGCUUUUGAUGAAAAGCUUCUCUACAAUUUCAGGGAUGUAGUUUUUGCACCCUAUGGAGAGUAUUGGAGGCAAGCAAGAAGCAUUUGUGUUCUUCACCUUCUGAAUAACAAGAGGGUUCAAUCAUUCAGAAGCUUACGCGAAGAAGAGGUCAAGCAAAUGUUGGAAAAAAUCAGAGAAUCAUGUUUGUCAGGAUCAUCCAUUACUGUAAAUGUAAGUGAGAUUUUAGCUACCUACGCUAAUGAUGUUGUCUCUAUGAUAGCCAUUGGAAAAAGGUAUUCUGCUGAAGAAGGUGGGAAUCAGUUUAAGGAGUUGUUUGAGGACACAACUACGCUGUUGGGAUACUUCAAUGUGGCUGAUUUCAUUCCUUGUCUUGGGUGGAUGAAUCACAUCAAUGGUAUGGAGGGAAAGGCGAAUCGGGUUGCGAAAGCAUUCGACGAAUAUUUGGAAAAAGUUGUUGAUGAAGGAAUGCAGAGGCUGGAGAAAAGAGUAGCAAGCAAUGAUGGCGAAAGUCUUGAAGAGAAGAAAGUAGAAGAACAGAAUUUUGUCGAUGUUCUGCUUGAACUCCAGCGGAAUGCAAAUGCUCUGGACUUCUCCGUUGAUCGAGAUUCGGUUAAAGCUAUCAUUUUGGACAUGUUUGUUGCUGGAACGAACACUACUUCGGCACUUUUAGAGUGGGCGAUUUCCGAGCUACUAAAGAACUCAGAUGCAAUGAAAAUGUUGCAAAAUGAGGUGAGAAAUUCCUUAUCUGGCUACUUACCAGAUCACAUCACUGAGGACGAUUUAGGAAAACUCCCAUAUCUGAAAGCUGUCAUCAAAGAGACUCUCCGCAUGCAUCCUCCAGUCGCUAUGAUUAAUCGUAGAACACGAAAUGCUGUCAAAGUUUUGGGAUAUGAUGUUGAAGGUGCAACUCAAGUGCUCAUCAAUGCUUGGGCCAUUGGAAGAGACCCUCUGUUGUGGGAACAACCUGAUGAAUUUCAGCCGGAGAGGUUUUUGAAGGAUAGGUCAGUGGACUUCAGAGGUCAUCACUUUGAGUUGAUACCAUUUGGUUCUGGAAGAAGGAUUUGUCCUGGAAUCGGAUUUGUCACGGUAACAGUUGAACUCGCGCUCGCGAAUUUGAUUCGAAAUUUGGAUUUCGCAUUGGCUGGUGGGGCAAUACCAGAAGAAUUGGACAUGACUGAAGCUCAUGGUAUUGUGAUGCCGAGGAAAGUCCCUCUGCUUCUUGUCCCAAGUCUAGCAAACAACUAGAAGAUUCAUGUCCAUCAAUUUUUAAGGAAUUCAGCACUUUGUUGUCUUGUGUUAGUUUACUAGGUUGUUUUAAUGGUUCUUAUACAGAUGGGAAGAAUGUUGCAUUUUAGAAGCUCAACUUCAUUUUGUUGAUUUCAUUAGUCGUGUGACACACAUAUGAUUGUGAUUUGUGAGAGAGCUAGUCGAUUUUCAGUAUUUUCAAUUGAAAGCAUUUCUGUG